UUGAACCUAUAAAUGCUAGACCUAGAAUAUUGACAUUGAAGAGUGUAUCCAGAAGUAGAAGUGGGGUUUGGGUUUCUCUGUCUUUUGAUUGUGCAUUCGAUGACAAUAGUUAGCGGCAAGGAGAGGCCCGUGCAGAAGCACGUGCUGGUGAUACCGUUCCCAGCACAGGGUCACAUGAUCCCUCUCCUCGACCUAACCCGCAAGCUGGCCUCCAACCCUUCCCUCGCCAUCACCGUCGUGACCACCCCCGCCAACCGCCCUCUCCUCUCCGCGCUCCUCUCCUCCCACCCUUCUAUCCACACCCUCCUCCUCCCCUUCCCGCACCACCCCUCCGUCCCCCCAGGCAUAGAAAACGUCAAGGACAUGCCCCACCUCAUCCGCGCCAUAACCCUCUCCCUCUCCCACCUCCACCGCCCCCUCCUCCGCUGGCUCCGCUCCCACCCCUCCCCUCCCACCCUCAUCAUCUCCGACAUGUUCCUCGGAUGGACCCAAAACCUCGGACUCCCCAGACUCGUCUUUUCCCCCUCCGCCGCCUUCACCUUCUCCACCAUGUGCUUCCUCUGGAUACACCUCCCCAAGCCCACCAACCACCCAUCCGACGUCGUUUCCUACCACACGCUCCCCAACUCCCCCGAGUUCCCCUGGUGCCAGGUCUCCCCUAUGUUCCGAAGCUACACCGCAGGGGACGAGGAUUCCGAGAAUCUAAAAGAGUGGUUCCUCGGAAACCUCGCAAGCUGGGGACUCCUUGUCAACUCCUUCGCCGACCUCGAGAGGCCUUAUUUUGACUUUCUCACAAAGGAAUUGGGCCACGAUCGAGUGUGGGCGGUCGGACCGUUGCUCCCUGAGGACGAGUCCUCUGUGAAGGACAGAGGCGGGACGAGCUCCGUGUCGGUGAACGACGUCGUUUCGUGGCUGGACAAAAUGGAGGAGCGUAAGGUGGUGUAUAUCUGCUUCGGGAGCCAGAGUAUCCUGAGUGGGGAUCAGAAAGAGGCGAUUAAGUCGGGGUUGGUGAAGAGCGGGGUGCAUUUCGUUUGGUCGAUUAAAGAGGAAAAAGAAGAAGCCGAAAACGAAGAUGAGUUUAACGGGAAGGGUUUGGUGAUCAGGGGGUGGGCCCCGCAGCUGGUGAUUCUGAGGCACCGUGCGGUGGGGGCGUUCCUGACGCACUGCGGGUGGAACUCCGUGCUGGAAGCGGUGGUGGCGGGGGUGCCCAUGCUUGCGUGGCCCAUGACCGCCGACCAAUUCAUCAACGCCACGUUGCUCGUCGACGAGUUGAAGAUCGCUAGGAGGGUGUGCGAGGGGGCCCAGACCGUUCCCGACUCCGACUCUCUGGCCCGAGUUCUUGCCGACUCGGUGAGUGGGAACGGCGCCGAGAUGAGCCGGGCCUUGGAGCUCAAGGACGCCGCACUGCACGCCGUUAGAGAGGGUGGAAGCUCCCACAGGGAUUUGCAGUGCUUCGUGGAACGGAUUCUCUCUCCGUUGGACUAGAUAUUUUCUUCGUCAAAAUUUGUCUUUUCUUGGAAUCAGUGGCUUCAGCUUAGACACGUCGAUGAUUCAGGUUUUAGUUCAAAUAGGUUGCUUGGUUAUUACUUAUUAUGCAUUGUUAUCCAAAACCGUCACAAUUUGCUUUUAGAGUCCAAAAAUAAAAGAAAGUCAUAUUCCAAUAUUC